AUGGAGGCUUUUCUCAGUGACAUGACAGACACCGUCAUUCUGAAGAAGGGUGUAGUGGGGACUCUCGCUUGUACAGUGAAAAACCAUAUCAGCAAUGUUACCAUCACUCAAGAAAUCUCCUUAUGUAGGCCUACUGGUAAGUGUCUUAAAUGUAGCGCUUUGUUACUAAUAAUAUGUAUUUUAUAUAUAACAUUAUACAUUAUCUUAUAUAGCUUGUAUGUAAUGUCUCCCUUCCUUCCCCCAGGACCAUGGGUCAAUGUGUUUGUUUAUUUCCAACUUGCUGAGGUCUUCUUUCUGCUGACAGUCUGUCUGGGAUCAUACUGUUUCUACAAGAAGAAAACCUGUCCUCAAGCACAAGGUCAAUAAACAUGUACCAUUGUUCCUAUAUAGCCCAUACCAUUGACUCUGCUGAAUGUGUAACUUUAUCUAUCUGAUACAUAUUUUUAUUUCACUGUUGGUCUCUUUCUUUCCCUUUACUGUGUAUCAUUCUAUCUUUCUCUGUCUGCAUCUCUCUCUCUCUUUCUGUCUGCAUCUCUCUCUCUCUCUCUCUCUCUCUCUCUCUCUCUCUCUCUCUCUCUCUCUCUCUCUCUCUCUCUCUCUCUCUCUCUCUCUCUCUCUCUCUCUCUCCACAGAUGAUGAUGAAUAAGCAAAGAGUGCUUACUCAGGAUACACAAAAGAAGAGGUUUACUGUUCCAGAGGUUUAGAGGAAGAAGUGGAUGUCCUCAGAGAUGCUGUGAGGACAAAACCAAGCUGUGAGAUGUUGCUGACAUAAUAUUGCAUUCUAUUGAAAAUGUAUCUUAUUGUUCUUUUAAUGUUUUCAAUGUUAUUUCAAAUGAGUAUAUACUGCUGUCAGUGACUGUAAUAACUUUAUAACAUUUGUGAGAAUAACCUUUUGCAAUAAAAUACAAAAAACAAUGACAAUUACAGUACGUUGCCUUUAUAAUGAUGAUUGGGAGUUAAUUUUAGUGGUGUAACAGGAAGAAGACAAAACUCUGCACUUGACUUUUCCUACUAGCACUGACUUUGCUGAUAGCUUCUUUAUUGAGGAAAAAUGUAAUUACUAUGACUGUGAUAUGUAGUUCUCUCACCAAGCUAUCUUAAGAUGAAUGCACUAACUGUGAAUGACUCAAAUGUAAAUGAAAAUGUAACAGCACCUAGUAACUCUGGUGACCCCGUAAAAAAGUCCAGCGAGUGGGCCAUGAUCAUCCUGCUUAAACAGUUGUAGCCCUCUGGCUGGGUAUCAAAAAUGGCAUGGAUAGGCAGAGCUGUGGAUUGGAUGUGGCAUGGCAUCAUAUUGACCUCUACAUGAAUACAUUUCCCUGAGAAGUGUAUUGAGGACUUCUUCCCAAGAUAAAUAUCUGUUACACCUUUUAAAUAAGAAGUUUGACUUUACACUUGUGUCAUGGCUUAUUUUAUCACAGGGCACACACAUUUUAUAUUAGCUGAAUGUUUACUGAGAUUUUUUACCCAAACAGGAAAACCCAUUUGGCUUCCCUAUAUAAAGACUGGGCCAACUCUUAGUUUCUCAUGCAUUGCUUGAUCAAUAGGCAAGUGCAAAGUCAGCAAAAGUCAGAAUUGUGAUGGAUACAUAUUUUUGUCUCAAUCCUCAGGCAUGGAGACCUACUGUAAUGCUACACUGGAGCUCCAUGUUACAGAACUCUGGGAGGAACUUUCCUUGUCCAUCUGAAAACUAGUCCCAGGGAACAUAAACUGAUGGAGGAUAAAUUGAGGGAAGAUAGAUUUUGGGAAGAUAAAGAAAAUAGACUGAGGCCAGAUACAUUGAGGGAAUUACGCACAACAGAAUGAGGGAAGAUCAAGAAAAUAGAUUCAGACAAAAUAGAUUGAGGGAAGAUAAAUUCAGGGAAGAUAAGAUAUAUAAAAAGUCUAAGAUGUAGGGGGGGGAGGGGGGGACAUAAACUGACAUAUUGUUAGAAAUUGCGUAAUUCAAAACUGGUAUUGGAAUAAGAAUCAAGAGAUCUUCAAUCCAAGCUUAAUUUAUUAUAUGCAAAAUGUAUGUAUGAUAAGUAUGAAGGUUCGUAUAUACGGGUCCGCUGAGAUACCACGCAGGGCACUCUGAGAACUGAUCCAUUGUUCUAAGUUCUUCUUCAAAUACUCUGACAGAAAGCCUCCACUUCUUCUGUUGGCCAACCAGAGCAAAGGACUGAGUGUGGUCCAGACUCCAUUUCAGCCAAUCCGUUCCAUUUGUUGCCAGGCAUAGUUGCUAUGAUAAUAACCUGCGGAGUCAGCACCGAAAAUACACAAAUCCACUGUAGCCAUGUUCAAGGACAGUUUCACAGACAACAAAGAGAGAGUGUUCUUAUCAGCCUGUUAUGUGAAACAAUCCAUAUCAGUACAGUGCUCCUCAUUAAUGCAUUCCUUCCAAGCUAUUCAUCACAUACAGAUCCAAUUAAAAAAUAAAACCCAACAAUUCCCCCUUUUGACGCCCUCUAGGGUGUCACUCAUUAAAAUACAAUACAAACAAAAAUAAACACUUUUAUUAAUAGACAAUUUGAUAAUAAAAGUCCUUCAGUCCUUCCAUCGACACCCAACUUCGCAAACGGUUGGCCACAAGUCACCCAGGCACUUCAAACCUUCACAUAAGGAAAGACAAACAUUCUCAAUGUUAACUUGAUUAAUAAAGCAUAAAACACAGGAUUAAUAGAACACAAAACACAAGAUUAUUAAAACAUAAAACACCAACAGGGAAGUAAAUUUUGGCCCCCUUUAGACACCCUCUAGAGUGUCACUCCACCAAGCCUGGUAGGUCAUAUCCUACAUUCCUUAGGUCGGAGUCCGGGAUUGGGCCGUAUCUCACCAUCUGUUUGUAAACCACCUUCUCCAUCUCCUUUUCUCACCAACCCUCAGACACAGGAAAUAAGACAACAUCCACAAAGAACAAGUAUACCCAUAGAAGCUAUAACUUCACCCAGAAUAGUCACAACAAUAGUUUUCCAUUUACCAAAUAUGUUAUCAAACCAACCGUUUAUGGAGCUAUCAAUACCAGAGUUCUCAGCCAGUUCGUUCGCCAGCGUGGUGAUGGUCACUCAAGCGCUUUGGUCACGGGCCCGUCCGGUGCUAUAUUGUUGGAGAUGAAAGUACAGCACAUAUAUCCAAACAGAACACAAACCCCGUCCCGCUCAGCCAAAAGCAUAUCUAAAGCUAUUCUAUUCUGCCAUGUCAUUAAGCUAGUUGCCGCUGUCUGCUCAGCUAAUCCCUUUAUAGCAUCACGAGUGUGGUUUAUAAAUCUUUUGCUGGUUAUAUUAAAUAUAAUUUAUCCAAUCUACAUUUUUAUUAAUUGUUGACCACCAGAAAAUACUUGAUUCAAACCCAGCUGCGAUCUGAUUGUGGAUCCCAUCAAUAUAUAUCCUUUCAUCAAAGGAUCCUGGGAGGAGGUCCUACUUUCUAUGUGACAACUCACCAGUCUCUGACACGUUUGAUUGUUUGCGUAUGUAGGUGAGUUCACAAUCAGUUAUCACCACACAACCAUCAGAUGUCAGCUCGGGCCUGGUAUUGGCUCCUAAAAUCCUCUGGCUGCAACAAAGAGGAGAGAUUAGUCAUGGUCUCUUUUAGUUGUGAUAUUCUCUGUGUGGGAGCAGGAGCUAAGAGGCCCUACCCUGUAUCCUAUCUUACUAGUCCUAGAAAAACAAUUAGAAUCCCCUGUGAUUUCAAACUGAGGCAACCCAGGUCGGGAUGACUUUGUUAUCGGGGGAAACAGAUAGUGCAAGUUACCAUAACACUCUUUCACCACAUUCCCAGGUGGCUUGCAUGGAGGAUAAACCUGACAGAGAGUCAAAGCCUGUCAAGGGGAACGGAGUAGUUGUUAACCUUGGUUUGGCUGUCCUACAGGCAUAACAGUCCUCUUUAGACCGUAUACUGAAUCCAUUCCAACCACAGGUUAAAAUCUAUUUACUCCGUCUCCAUCUGUACUACUUCCUUCAGGUCUAUAGUUUGCACUGUCUCACUACCUCCCUCAGAGAGGUUUACUCUAUAGGGUGCCCCAGUUGAAGAGGAUAUCUCACCUGUCAGGUCUGUAAUCUGUUUUAGCAUAAUUCAGACUUUCAGACAGUACCUACCCUCAUAUGGGUCGCACUGCCAUUUCUGAUAAUUCCCUACUUUCACAACCCUAAACUGUGUAUGGAGAUUGGUGAUGUCCCUUCCCUAAAGUCCCUAGUACUUCCCCUUUCCCUACGUCUAGCUGUCUCCUAUGCCUUUUCAACUUGUGUUAGGUUAACUACCACUUCUGGCUGAAACAGGAGGGUUUGAGUGUGUUAGGAAUAUGGCCCCCACAAUCAGACAGCUACCUACCUUCGGCAGACCUGUGAAUCCCCACCCUCGCCCUGAAAACAUGUCAGACGCCAGAGGCCAACCCAUUGCUUCACCUUCUAUCGAACUCACACAGGGAUGAUCAGACAGGGUAAGGGAAUCUUCGUUAAGGAGCCAACCCCCGAGCCCUAGUGGUGAUCGGAUCUUUCUCCUAACUCUGUGUUUGUUCGUCAGGUGUAGCUGGGUUUACCUUUUUGCAGUGAGUGACAUGCACCCAAAUGGAUAUCUCAGCUAUUCUGCUGGCAAAGGCAGUACUUGGUAGGGCCCUUCUCGCCAGGCCUGCUUCAGUCUCCUGGUUAGAUAGAGUGGGUCACCUUCUCCUUUAGUUCACCUGUGGGGCACAAAACCUCUGACAUACAGGUGUGGUUAAUAAACUAUCAUACAUUUUUUUUUUUUUUUUUUUUUAAGUAUUUUGUCCUCUCCUUCGUAUAUAUUUAAUAUUUAAUCCAACCAUCCCCCUUUUGACACAUGAUUUGGCCAUGUGUCAAUAUUACCACCUACCUAAACAAUCACUUUAGUUAAUAUUGGUAAUUCAUUAUCCAAUUGCCAUUCCUCCACUCUCUCUCCUGUUAUUUUAUGGUUCAAAUCAAAUAUAUUAUUACAAAAUUAUAAUCUUCUUCACAAUUUGCACAGUAUUACAAAUUACCCUCAAUUUAGUAAAAUAAACUAUCUUAAAAUCCUCCUCUCAUGACUUUAGAAUUUACUAGUGUGGAUGAUUAAUUAACACCAGAAGGUUAAAACAGAGUUCAGAGGCAAUUGAAAUCAUUUAACGAACUGUUUAAUCCCAUAGUAUACUAAACAUUACCAUUAUUCUAAAUAUUUCAUAAAUGUUAGUUAUCCCAAGUGUUCAUUAAAUCCUCAUGACAUUCAUUCUCAUAAGAAAUCAAAUAUACCCCAAACUCAGCCAAAAGCUAAAAAACUCCAUAAAAUUCACUGUGUGCUCCUCUAAGACCUAUCACCCUUGACCUGCUGAAACCCCCCCAAAAUUGAAACAACAAGGCUUUAUAAACAUCAUACUAGGUGUGUUGUUUUUUGUUUGAAAAACCCAAUUUGAAAAACUACCACAAAUAGCCAGGCCUUAAUUUGGUAGCUCACUUUUAUGACCUAAAUACUGCCUAACUCCACUACUGCUCCCCUAGCCCUUGGCAACAUUCCAACGAGAUGAGCUAAUCUCUUUCUCCUGGUUAUCCCCAGUCUUAACCCAUCAAUAAUUGUUUGUAUCAAUCUAAUUCCUCAUAACUAAUCUAUAAAACCACUCAAAAUUCCUCGAGUAUACAAUGAUUAUUUAAUUGAUUACCCUAACUCUGCUACAUGUACCAAAAAUUUAUAUUUUCCCGCUAAACCAUUUCAGUUCGCUAUUCAAUUUAUUUAACUGUUCUCUCUGAUUAUGCCCUAAUUAAUAAAACAAAUACUUGCUAUCGUUGAUUAGCAUACAUUUAAUGAUGUUCCUACCAUCUGAACUGUACUGUCUCUCACCCUCCCCUUGCUCCUUCGGGGAGAGCGCAUGGUAACCAUAUAACAUAUUUUCAUAGACUUUUCUAGAAUACUUCUAUUUAAGCUAUCUAAUUCAACCUUUCACAUAGUAAUCUAGGUAUAUAGCCCCACUGCGAAAGCUUUGUCUACUGUCCCUACCUGUGUUCGAACCAGGGACAUCGCCAGUCACUCCACACCAUCUACGAUUCUCUCAAAGUAAAUACUUUCACGUCGCACAUCCAGCCACGUCAUCACCCCCGUCUAGCCAGCCCUUCCGUCUCAAACACCCUAUUAGCAAAAAUAAAACACACUCUAACAGCGUUCUGCAUUUACCUCUAUCAUCAGGUUUAAGAACUAACGUAACAACAUUAACUAUUCUCUAUUGCUGUAGUAACGUCUUGUUUGGUUCCAGUUUAUUUAUUACGGAGUGUCCAUAAUACUAUAAUAAUAUAUAAUCGAAUUCCCCUCAUGCAUACAGAUUUCACCUUAUGCCAUUGAAAUGCCAAAUAAACCAUAAUAGUUCAAUGGAGCCCCCUAUUGGCUCUCCCUACCUAUACAUUACUUCUACAACCACUUUAGUUAUGGUCCGAUUACAAAUUAAACCUUAUCACAUGAUCAAACAACGCCACAACCUUAAACUCAUAUGGGGCGGCAGGCAGUUUAGUGAUCAGUAGCGCCGCGCCAACAACCGAGAGGUCGCCGGUUCCAAUCCCCGAGCCGACCAGGCGAAAAAUCUGCCGAUGUGCCCUUGAGCAAGGCACUCAACCCCAAUCGCUCCUGCAAGUCGCUCUGGACAAGAGCGUCUGCCAAAUCACAAAAAAUGCAAAUGUAAAUAUUCUCUACUUUCUCACCCAUCUCAUCCCUUGUCAGAAACCCACAGGCACCUCUCAAAUAAUCACCCCGUGGUGUUCCCAGCCAACUCCCAGUCUUUCCUCGCUCCAAAAGCCACACUUUCGCUCUCUUCAGCCCCUCCCCUCGCAACUUUCUCUCCCUCUCCUCUGGGAGCAGGCUCUUUCGAGGAGCUGUGUUAGUGUUUCCAAUAUUCUGUGGUUAUUUAAAGUAUUUUAGUCUAUUUAUUUAAAUCAAAUCAUUCCCACCUAAUUAGUUAAAGUUGGUGCAUAUUUAUAUUUCAACGAUUAACCGAAUUAUUUCAGUCUAAUUGUUUAACCAGUAUUUUGCAGGGUCAAACAUCAAACGUUAAAUCAAAUAAUAAACCAAAAAGCUUCAACCCAAACACCUAGAACCAGUAUUAUGCUAUGUCAAACAUCAAACACUGAAUCAAAUAAUAAACCGAAUUGUUUCAACACAACUAUUCAAAACCAGUUCAGUCACACAAUUAAUCACUUUAGCUUUAUGUUCCCAAUUGUUUUAACGGGUUAUAUGGUUUAAGCAACCACAAACCCAACAGUUAUCCCCAAAUUAUACAGUUUGGACAGCCACAGACAUUUUAAUUCCCAAUUAGUUUUCUAUCAAGGUAUACUGGUUUAUCAUUCACACUCUCAUUCAUACGACCACACUCACACUGUCUAACCUUUUAUCAUGCUUCCUAUGAUUUUUAAGUCAUAAACCGUACUGUCACACCACUUGUGUAGAAUAUCUUCUAUGGGAGUCAGACCCCUCUAACCAUAGUUCACUACUUAUUUAAAACACCUCCUAUGGGAGUCACACCCUCUAACCAUAGGUCACACCAUUUAUUUAAAAUACAUCCUAUGGGAGUCACACCCUCUAACCAUAGGUCACACUGUUAAUUUAAAAUACAUCCUAUGGGAGUCACACCCUCUAACCAUAGGUCACACUGUUUAUUUAAAAUACAUCCUAUGGGAGUCACAACCUCUAACCAUAGGUCACAAUGUUUAUUCGCUUUAAAGUGCCACCUAUGAACCUCUAGUCAUAGUUUGCACUCCCAUGGGUUUAACCAUCACAAUUAUCAAACACUUGCAUAGUAUAUUAUGAAAUCGAAAUAGUAUACUGUAAUUGUUAUUUAUAGUACAAUAGGGUUCACUUACAUCAAACAGGUGUUUCACAAAAUUAAUUUGGAUAAAGCCAAUGUGCAAAACUUCAGUUAUAUUACAAUAGGUGUUUUGCUUACCUUUAUAGAAGCCCGGGCAAUUUGUGAAACACUGUUCGAUGACAGUGAUGUCCAAUAGGCUGGGUGAAUUCCAGCGAAGUGAAGUUCCGCUACCAGAUCACAGUCGGAGGUCACCAAUUGUUAGAAAUUGCGUAAUUCAAAUCUGGUAUUGGAAUAAGAAUCAAGAGAUCUUCAAUCCAAGCUUAAUUUAUUAUAUGCAAAAUGUAUGUAUGAUAAGUAUGAAGGUUCGUAUAUACGGGUCCGCUGAGAUACCACGCAGGGCACUCUGAGAACUGAUCCAUUGUUCUAAGUUCUUCUUCAAAUACUCUGACAGAAAGCCUCCACUUCUUCUGUUGGCCAACCAGAGCAAAGGACUGAGUGUGGUCCAGACUCCAUUUCAGCCAAUCCGUUCCAUUUGUUGCCAGGCAUAGUUGCUAUGAUAAUAACCUGCGGAGUCAGCACCGAAAAUACACAAAUCCACUGUAGCCAUGUUCAAGGACAGUUUCACAGACAACAAAGAGAGAGUGUUCUUAUCAGCCUGUUAUGUGAAACAAUCCAUAUCAGUACAGUGCUCCUCAUUAAUGCAUUCCUUCCAAGCUAUUCAUCACAUACAGAUCCAAUUAAAAAAUAAAACCCAACAAUAUGGAAACGGUCAUACCAUGGUCAUACCAUGGAUCAUUUAGCUAUUUGAUUUAGAAUUUUUGGACCCCUUUAGGUAUAACACAUAUAUACAAAAAAUAUUUGAUAAAUAGUACCAAAUCCCAUACAAACGCAUUAAAAAUGAAUAAAACAUUAAGAAAUGGCAAAAAAUAAAGUCCAAAAAUCAAUCAUAAGGAAUACAUUUAUGAAGCGUCUGUCCUAUAUAUCUAGGAGAUAUAAGAAAGCUCAGGAAAUAUUUUUGUUGUUUUGACACAUAUUUAACCCCGUUUUGGGUAGGCACAAAACUACCUCCAUACUUCCAUUCAUUUCUUUAAACAGGUACCGGUUACCUUCAGACGAGUCCCGUGACAUUUGUGGGGGUCGUAGAGCAAAACGGAGAACACCAUCGUGUUCGGUAUCGACUUCGGACGUGUUUGUGAGAGUCUCAUCUUUCCUUAGAGUGGUCAUAUUAGUUUUUUAGGCCAAACCGUUCAGACGCUACAGCCGGUUUUCGUGAGAAGACCGAUUUUCUGGAUGUCUCAUGGUCUGACAAACACCGCUGUAGCUCGGCCACCUUCCACCGCAGAUGUGGAAGGCCGACAUAGGCAGAUGUGGUGGAUUGAGAUGCUGCCCAUGCACAAAACAGAUAUCUCUAACUUAAAUUGAUGGAUUUUGAUGGGGAUUUUUUUAUGUUAUCAAAGGUGCGUCAAUAGACUGCGCUGUGAGCCACCUGAGCCAGGUCAAGGACAAGCCUAGCAGCGAGCCCCCCGUGUAGCUCAGUUGGUAGAGCAUGGCAUUUGCAACGCCAGGGUUGUGGGUUCGAUUCCCACGGGGGGCCAGUAUGAAAAAUGUAUGCACUCACUAACUGUAAGUCGCUCUGGAUAAGAGCGUCUGCUAAAUGACUAAAAUGUAAAAUGUAAAUGUAAAAGACCUCACAUGUGAUUCAGAUAUAUUGACUAAAAUAAUUUCCGAAAGACAGCCUGAAUCACUUUUUUCUAAAUCUUUUGGAUCUUUUAGAUUAGGAUUCUCUAUGGUUAAUGUUAAGAUAACAACUGCAAGUGAUUGCCGAAUAUUGUGUAGAAGUCUUCCACUCAAAAUCUGAAAUGUCAAGGGCAAGAGAAAUACAACUACUCAUUCAAGGUACAUUGGUAAAAUGCAGAAGUAGAUUCUACAGAAUUUGGUGGUUUAAGAACCUUUUGAAACUUUUAAAAAGACACAGUAAUCUCCGUAUUUAGUCACCAUCAAUUUCCUGUCUUUACCCACUGUCUAUGAACUUCUUACAUAUUUAGCUAAAAGCAGUCUAUUCUUCUUCCUCCACAGCCCCAGUGUCCUAUCCUCAGCUAUCCUCUGAGUGUCUGUCCGAUGGAGAGAUGAGGGUGUCCUGCUCCUCUGAGGGUGAUGCUCCCCAGUACAGCUGGACUCUGGACAGACAGAUGCUGAGAGACACUGAGGACUGUCCAUGUUACAAAAGAAGCACCAUCACUCUGAGGAAUGGCCUGCCUGGAGAUCUCACCUGUACCGUCAGAAACGACAUAUGCAGUGCUACCACCAGCAAGACAAUCUCACCUUGUCCG